AUGUCUGAUGAUGGAUCCACGGCUGUUGAAAAGAAAGGGCGCGGCAGACCAAAAUCCAAUGGAACCCAAUCUGAAGCCAAAGCAGAUACUAAAAAAAGAGGUAGACCUGCAGCACCAGCUAAAACAAAGGAAUCAAAAAACUCCUCAGAUGAUGAGCAGGCACCAGUAAAGAGAGGAAGAGGAAGACCUAAGGGAUCUAAAAAGAGUGCAGCCCCAAAGGGAAAGGGGGGGUCUGGAGAGGGGCGAGGUCGAGGUAGACCACGUAAAGAAGCACCACCUCCCAAAAAGGAUGCUGCUUCCACUGAGGAAGAACAAGAUGAAGAUGAAGAAGAGGAAGGAUCUGACCAG